CCUCUUCUCCCCCAGCCCCCCUCCCCCUACUCCCUCGAGGCGGCUGCUGGUUGCCCGGGUGACCGCCUUCUUAAAGGGCUCGCGGCGGCCGCCCCGCUCCGCCCGUUGCUGGCGCCGACGGGGGUCGCAGUGAAGCCUGCGCGGGAGGGAUGGCCGGGCCCGACGGGGACGGUGGUGGUGAGGAGGCCGGGGGCACUCGCAAAGGGCCGCCGGCGAGUGACGGCGCCUUGUGGUUCCACCGGCAGGAGCGGGCCCGGGAUGGAGGCUGGGGCCCCGGCGGGAGGGCCGCACAGCGUCUGCAUGGUGUCGGACUUCUUCUACCCCAACAUGGGGGGCGUGGAGAGCCACGUGUACCAACUGUCGCAGUGCCUGAUCGAGCGUGGUCACAAGGUCCUGGUGGUCACCCACGCCUAUGGCUGCCGGAAGGGUGUCCGCUACCUCACCAACGGCCUAAAAGUGUACUACUUGCCGCUCAAGGUGAUGUACAACCAGUCCACAGCGACGACGCUCUUCCAUAGCCUGCCCUUGCUCAGGUACAUCUUUGUGCGGGAGAGGGUCACCGUCGUCCAUGCCCACAGCUCCUUCUCCGCGAUGGCCCACGAUGCCCUGUUCCACGCCAAGACCAUGGGGCUGCGGACAGUGUUCACGGACCAUUCCCUUUUUGGGUUUGCUGAUGUCAGCUCAGUGCUUACAAACAAACUUCUGACGGUGUCCCUGUGUGACACGAACCACAUCAUCUGCGUCUCCUACACAAGUAAGGAGAACACGGUGCUGCGUGCAGCUUUGGACCCACGGAUAGUCUCUGUCAUCCCCAAUGCCGUCGAUCCCACUGACUUCACUCCUGACCCAUCGAGAAGGGAUGGCAGUACAAUAACGAUUGUUGUUGUCAGCAGACUUGUUUACAGAAAAGGUAUAGACUUGCUUAGUGGUAUAAUUCCUGAGCUCUGUCAGAAAUAUCCACAGUUACAUUUCUUAGUUGGAGGAGAAGGACCGAAACGAAUUGUACUGGAAGAAGUCCGGGAAAGAUACCAGCUACAUGACAGGGUACGUCUCCUAGGAGCCUUGGAACACCAGGAUGUGAGAAAUGUUCUAGUCCAGGGGCACAUUUUUCUCAACACUUCCCUCACUGAGGCCUUCUGUAUGGCGAUUGUGGAAGCAGCAAGCUGUGGUUUACAGGUGGUGAGUACAAGAGUUGGCGGGAUUCCUGAGGUGCUUCCAGAAAAUCUCAUCAUUUUAUGUGAACCCUCCGUGAAAUCGUUGUGUGAUGGUUUAGAAAAAGCUAUUGCCCAGCUCAGAUCAGGAACACUACCAUCUCCAGAAACUGUCCAUAAUAAAGUAAAGACAUUUUAUACAUGGAGAAAUGUAGCAAAGAGAACUGAGAAAGUGUAUGACAGGGUUGCAGGUGAAGUGGUUUUACCAAUGGAUGAGCGACUUAACAGACUAAUGUCUCACUGUGGCCCAGUGACUGGGUAUAUUUUUGCUCUUCUUGCUGUUCUGAACUUCCUUUUCUUAGCAUUUCUGAGGUGGAUGACUCCAGAUUCCAUUAUUGAUGUUGCAAUGGAUGCCACAGGACCUAAAGGUGCAUGGACUAAACAGUAUUUUUUGAGGAAAAAAGAGAAGAGUUAAAGAACAACUUCCAAGCUCUUGAAAUGCUCAAAUGGAGAGGAAAGAAUACAUCAGUUGCUAAAGGUUUUAAUGCUUACUGAUAGAGACAUUAGUCUUAAAACUCUUCAAUCUCUUUCUGAAGUUCUUGGAAAGAAACUUUGUUAAAUGUGCUACCUCAAUUUAGGAUUAUGUUUUAAUUUAGUUUUAAAUUCAUGCAAAUGUAUGGACAUCUCUUUUGCACUUAAAGCUGUGAGGAGGAUAUUACUUUUUAUAUGUCAAAAGCCUUUGAAACAAAAAUACAAGAUUUUUCGUGACAACUUGAAUAUUACAGAAAGUGACUAUAAGCUUCAGUGAUGUUUGGGAAAGCAAACCAUAAAGAUGAUUAGCUUACAGUAGUCCCUGCUAGUUCCUGAUUUUUACUGUGAUUUUCUUAAUUUGGAGAAUUAUUUAAAAAAUGAAAAACCCAAACCCACACCUAUUCUCUCCUAACAAGAAAAUGGCACUUCAAAUUAGUCAUGAAGCCCUUUAUCCUGAAAAUCUCAGAGACUUAGUUCUAGCAGCUUUGUCCCAGUGACAGUGUUUUGCCUGCAUAGCAUUAUUAUUUUGGAGUUCUUCCCUAGUCAAAUUGUGUCAUCCUGUUGCUCAGUCAAAACUCUGUAAUGAAUUUUUUUAUAUUUUCAGAGGUGCUAAAUUUUUCCUGUUCAUGUGUGGAAGUCAUGUAAAGCUUAUGGCAUUUUUGUAAACUACAUAGAUGAAGAAACUCUAUAAUUUAGAGACAAUACAGCCUUUUUAAACAGCUCAGGCCUGAAAAUUCCUCCAGCAGACUAUGCCAAAGCGUGAAGUAACAUGUGUGUACGUGUAUGCACAUGGGGGAGAGAAAUCUAUGAAGGGCUUAACAAGCACCAUCGUGCUUGCUCACUCUCUUCCCUCCCAUCCCCGCCUUAUUGUUCUUUCUUUAAAAAAAAAACUUUCUCCUUUCUCUUACUUGUGACCAAAAUGGCAUCUCAGUCUGUCUCUGGGAGGGACAGUGUUCAGUGUCUGUGAUUUCACUUAGACCACAUCAGAGACACUGUCAGGAAGGUUCUGUAAGUGAAAUUUGGAGAAAGUGUUCCUUAAAUAGAAAUAGCCAAUAGAUAUUCUUUUCAUGGAGAGGAAAAUAAGAGAAAAAAGCAAAUUCCUCCUUAUGUAUGUUGUCACUCCUAAGUAAUGUAUACCUGAGACAACAGGCAGCACAACGUGAGAGGAGAGAUUUGUCACAUUUUUGUAAACCACCUCUAAAAAUGCCCCCUGCCUAAUGAAAAUGGUUAAUUUCUUUUUCAAGCAUCACUUAAGACUAAAAAAUGUUACUGAUUUUGUGGCUGAGUAUUAUGUAGUGUUGGACACUGUAUUAGUAUUAAAACUGUGCAAUAUGAAAAUACUGUUUCCAAACCCGUAAAGAGCAGUAUUUAAAACACAACUUCUGCCAUUAUCUUCUUGUUUGCGUAGACAUGUAGUUACCCUAACAUCGGGUGGUUUAUAAUUUCAUUGGACAUAUUUUCAUGAAAGACAAAGGCCAUGUCAAAUAAACACCAUAUACAAAGUCUAUUUUCUUUUACUAAAAAUUUUAGCCUUUGAUAUGUAGCAUAUACUAUGCCUUGAAUUACAAUUUGAGUUUUUCAAACUACAUUAAAACUGCAUGGAGGUCAGCUAAAAUGGUGCCAUACAGAUUAUGGAUAAAUGGGUAGAGUUAAGGUAGUAUUUUACUUUUAAAAGUUAUUGUUGUGGGGUUUUUUUUCCCUCAAACAUUCAAAUAACAACUUUUUUAAAACACUGAUUAUCAUUCCAUGGAGAUGUGGGGUUUUUAUAUAUAUAUGGUUUAUGGUUUAUUUCUUUUUGGUUUACUGCAACAUUUACAGACAUAAGUGAAGUUUUCAGCAGGAUUGUGGGAACCUAUUCAGAAUAGUUCUCUCUUUUCUUUUGUGGAACAUUGUAUACUCAUGAAUAAUGGAAAAAACCCCUUGUUAUACUCUUCUUUACAAGACAAGUUUACAGUUUAUCUAACAUUUUCUUUACCUUUCCAUAAAAAAACAUGUAUUUUUCAUUAAUAUGUGGGAACAAUACAAUUAGAAAGUACAGAAAUAUACUCCAUCUUGUUGCUUCCCAUCACUGAUGAUUGGACUUCUUGUGUCAGUGAUGAUUAUUAACAAACGUUCUGCACAAGCUGCCACAAAAAUUUAAUCUAGAACUGGAUUAACUACAGGUAUCUUGUCCCUGAAGUAACACAACUUGUCUUGUGGGACUGAUUCACUAACCAACCUUGUGCAAUGGAGUAUGGGAUGACGUCACUGAAUCACUUACAGUUUUAAAAAGCAUGAGUGGGUGAAAGGAAAAAGUAUUAAUAAAAUCAUCUCAAUAAUGAGCCAAACAAAUAAUGACUUUAUUUAGAAAUGAAUAACUAUUUUAAGAAAAAUCUAAACUGUUUCAGUUGUGCUUGUAGAUAACAUUGGGACUCACAUGGAAGGUCCUUCCACUUUCAUGGAAGGGACCUGCAAUGAAAUUCCAUCUGGCUGGCACAAUUAUUUCCAAUACAGUACAUGCAAACACUGUGAAUUAAAGUAUAAAGAGCAUCUCAGUAAUUGAAAGUUGUGUAUUAAACCAGAACAAAUGUCAAGUAAAGUACGAAUGUAAGAUUUGUCUUUCAGGUUGUGUUUUAGUGGCUAUGGAUAGAUCUGUAAGAAGGUAAAUACACUGUAAUGUACUUAUUUUUGUGGUCAAGUUUUUCUGCAUCAUUUUAAAAUAAACUUAUUUUU